AAUCAUUAACCAUUUCAUUUCUUUUACUCUUCUUCUUUUCUUCAAAGCUCCGGCCAUGGCAUACCGAGCUUUCUAUCUUCUAGUUUCAUCCAUUGUUGUCUUGUCCGCUAUUGUUGCCUCGGAUGCUGCUGGUUCGGUCGGGAUUAACUAUGGUCGUGUCGCCGACAACCUGCCAUCGCCGGAAAAAGUCGUUGGACUGUUGAAGUCACAGGGAAUAAACAAGGUGAAGCUUUACGACAUCAGCGCCGCCGUUCUGACGGCGUUGGCGGACUCCGGAAUCAGCGUCGUCGUCGCUCUCCCCAACGAACUCCUCGCCGCGACCGCCGCGGACCAGUCCGCCGCCGACAGGUGGGUUCAAUCCAACAUAGCCAAGUUCUACCCUCGGACAAAGAUCGAAGCCAUAGCCGUCGGGAAUGAAGUCUUCGUAGACCCGAAAAACACGACGGAGUACCUCGUACCCGCCAUGAAAAACAUCCACGCCUCGCUCGUGAAAUCCAAGCUGGAUUCCGCCAUUAAAAUAUCUUCCCCGAUAGCUUUCAGCGCGCUGCAAAACUCUUACCCUUCAUCGGCCGGUUCGUUCAAGCAGGAACUGGUCGAGCCGGUGAUUAAGCCCAUGUUGGAUUUCUUGAAAGAAACCGGGUCUUACCUCAUGGUGAAUGCGUACCCGUUUUUCGCUUACUCCGCGAACUCGUAUCAAAUCUCACUCGAUUACGCCUUGUUUAAGGACAACCCGGGUGUGGUGGAUUCGGGUAACGGGUUGAAAUACCACAGCCUCUUCGAAGCUCAAAUCGACGCUGUUUUCGCUGCCAUGUCGGCUAUCAAAUACGACGACGUAAAGGUGGUAGUGACCGAAACUGGGUGGCCUUCGAUGGGGGACGAGAAUGAGAUCGGUGCAAGUGAAAUCAAUGCGGCGUCGUAUAAUGGGAACUUGGUAAAGAAAGUUUUGAGUGGAAGUGGGACCCCUUUGAGACCUCGGGACCCACUCAACGUUUACUUAUUUGCCUUGUUCAACGAGAACCAAAAACCCGGUCCAACCUCGGAAAGGAAUUACGGCUUAUUUUACCCUAACGAACAAAAGGUAUACAGCAUACCUUUAACACAAGAGGAGCUAAAAGGAGGGCAGUCAACGCCGGUCAACACGAACGCGAAUAAGGUUCCAGUGACCGGAGAAGUGUCGAAGACACAAGCAGGGCAGACGUGGUGCGUUGCGAAUGGGAAAGCCGAUGAGAAGAAGCUGCAAGACGCGUUGGAUUACGCGUGCGGCGAGGGAGGGGCCGAUUGUAACGCGAUUCAACCUGGCGCGGCGUGUUAUAAUCCGAACUCGCUCGAAGCGCACGCCUCGUAUGCGUUCAACAAUUAUUAUCAGAAGAAGACGCGCGCCGCUGGUACGUGCGAGUUCGGCGGUGCGGCUUAUGUUGUCUCGCAACGCCCCGCGUAUGGGAACUGUGAGUUUCCAACCGGAGGGCACUGAUAUGGGG